AUGAACGGGGAUCUCAGUUUAUCCCAGUCUCUGGGAGGACUACGGAUAGCCAAUCCAGAUGAUUCACCCCUUCCAACGGAGGAUGCGACCGCUGGGUCAAUGGCCUCCCACCCGUUCGAACUUCCGGGCGGUUCGGUAUCAACACACAGUUCCGCCUACGAAACAACGUCUGCCUUUCCUCCGGCACCUAUCGAAGUUCCUACGACCGAAGAACGUCGAACCUCAUACAUUCAGGCCUCCCCAGAGACACAGUCGGUGCCAUCAGGGCCGCACCAGGCAUACGCGGCCCCACCGCUCUCAAGUCCUCCAAACCCCAACCGACCCCUUUCCUCCGUAUACGCGAAUGGUUCGGCACCUUCGAUUCUUCCCCGUGACAACACAUAUCGUAUUCGAACCGAUUCCGGUGCUUCGUCCGCAUCUGGCUCCCAAGCGCGAUUAGAUACACGAGGAGGUUCCGCCGCAUUACAAGCCGGCGUUCCAGCGCGCGAUAAUUCCCACAGCGACCGGUCCUACCGAACUGCUCAAAUCGCCGGGAACGUCCCGGUGGUUAUGCGGCAGCCGUCUCGAGCACACGCAAGAAGUGGUGGUGGUGGUGGCGCGCCUCGAUCAUCCUACAUGGCAGAGAACGGCCCGAUGGCAAGCAGUGAAGAAUGGAAGGAACGUGGUGCUGCGGUCUCGGUGAGACAGGAGAUAGAUGCUAACGGUCAAACCGUCUCCCGCUUCAUCAAGAAGGGUGUGCGAGAUUUCUCGUUCGGGAAUACCCUCGGAGAAGGCUCUUACAGCACGGUUGUCUUCGCAACGGACCGACAGACUUUGAAAGAGUACGCGAUCAAGAUCCUUGACAAACGACACAUCAUCAAGGAGCGAAAGGUUAAAUAUGUGAACAUUGAGAAGGAUACACUAAACCGCUUGACUGAUCACCCGGGCAUUGUGCGGCUCUAUUAUACUUUCCAAGAUGAACAGUCGCUUUACUUUGUGUUGGACUUGUGCAAGGGAGGAGAACUGCUCGGUGUUCUCAAGCGGAUGACCACAUUUGACGAAGAGUGUACGAGAUUCUACGGCGCCCAGAUUCUCGACACGAUAGAUUACAUGCACAGGCGCGGGGUCAUUCAUCGAGAUCUCAAACCAGAAAAUGUGCUGCUUGACAGCGCAAUGCACGUCAAGAUCACUGAUUUCGGCACUGCCAAGAUUUUGAAGACUCCAAGAGUCGAUCCCAACUCAAACGGCAUUCCUCCUCUUGAUACAAACGACAUUCCCCAAGAGGAGCGGGCGAGCUCCUUUGUUGGAACUGCGGAAUAUGUUAGCCCUGAAUUAUUGACGGACAAAAACGCUUGCAAAGCCAGUGACCUCUGGGCGUUUGGCUGCAUUAUAUACCAGCUUUUGGCUGGCCGUCCGCCUUUCAAAGCAGGAAAUGAGUACCAGACCUUCCAAAAAAUCGUGGCACUGGAUUACGAGUUCCCCAUUGGAUUCCCUGCUGUUGCCCGUGAUCUUGUCGAACGCCUUCUCGUUCUAGAUCCCGCACGACGUCUCCAGAUUGAACACAUCAAGAACCAUGAAUUCUUCGAUGGUGUUGCAUGGGGACCGGAUCUAUGGAAGCAAAAAGCACCUCGCUUAAAGGCCUACGUACCCCCAGCACGCGACCCCAUCAAGCUCAACGAAAGCAAAACUGGCGAGAACCUGGCUCCGGUCGUCUCAACAGCUCCUUCCAAUGGACCAAGUGCUAGCUCCCGCCAUCUGCCACGUGUGGUGACCGAGCUUCCUCCUCCGAGUCAGCUGGAUAUCGAAUGGUCGCCAGUGCUCAGCAAGUCCAACGAAAGGAUCCUGAAAUUAGGUAAUUUGGUAGUUCUCUCAUCGGCUGCCUCACAUAGCCCGACAUCCAAAAACAGCAGUGGCGAGUUUGAAGCUCCCAGGAAGUUCUCUCGCUUCUUCUCAGGAAGCGCCACGAAGAAACGCCAACGGCUGGUGAUGGUCACGUCGUCUGGACGGAUCAUUUUGGCUGCGUCGGGUGGUGACGACAAGAAGAUCAAGCUUGAGAUUUCCCUUCUCGCCCCAGGGACAAGUUAUCGAACCACAACGGAUUCCAAAGGGAUUUCUUCCUGGAUUGUGGACACAAGAGAUAAGCAUUACGUUUUCGAGGAAUGUAAGCCUUCAUCUAGCAACAUUGGAUCUACAGCAGUCCAGGUGCAAGAAUGGCUGGAUGCAUUGGAUAGGUCUCGGGAGAUGGCUGCACAAAACCAGAGUGCAGGCUUCUCUGAUGACGCCUUCCGUGACCUCUCUUCUGGCUUCCCUAGCCCUGCCAACACACUAGACCGCACCUCUGACAUGCAGAAAGACGAUAGAGGUCCACCAUCAUCGGGCCGGAACCACCUAGUGAAACAACAGGCCACCGAUUCCGAGUCAACAAAAGGAAGGAAACGAUUCAGCAAGCGCCAUUCCAAGAACGGUCUUGCUGCGGUGUUCUAG